AUGCGCACUGUUGCACCGCCUGCUGCUGCCCUGUCUGCUGUUGCCCCCCUUGCUGCUACCUUGUAUGUUGCUAACCUAUAUGUGGCUUCCCUACCUAUUGCUGCCUUGCAUGCGACUGCCUUGCCUGUUGCUUCCCCCCUUGCUGCUGCCAUGCCUACCUCAUCUAAUCUGCUUGUUGCUCCCAUGCCUGCCACAUCCAAUCUGCUUGCUUCUACCAUGCCUAUUAAUGCCCUACUUGGUUCUGCCCUACUUGUUGCUGUCCUGCUUGCUUCUGACAUCCACGCUCUUGACAUGCCUGCUGGUGCCCUACUUGAUGCUCUACCUGCUGCUUCCCAGCUUGUUGAUGCCAUGCCUGUUGCUAUUUUUGUUGCUGCCGCCAUCCCCACUGCUGACUUGCCUGUUGCGGCCUCACCUACUGCCGCCCUGCUUGUUGCUGCCCUACUUGAUGUUGCCCUGCUUGCAACAGUCCUACGUGCAGCUGCCCUGCCUGCUGCUUUCUCGAAUGCUGCUGAUCUACCUAGUGCUGCCCUGCUUGAUGCUGCAUUGUUUCUCGCUGCCAUCCCUACUACUGCCAUGCAUGUUGUUGCCUUGCAUGUUGCUGCCUUGCCUGAUGCCCCCCUGCUUACUGCUGCCCUGCUUAUUCCCCCUUGUUGUUGUUCAUGCUCCUACAUGUUUCCUCGCAUCCUGGUUGCAUCCACUGCUGCUAUUGUUUCCCCCUCUACUGCUAGUGUUGCUGUAGAUUCAUCUGAUGACACCCCUCGUUCUACAUCUGCUGGUAUCCUUCCCCCUGCUGCAGGUGCUGUUGAUGCUAAGUCCACUGGUGUAGGUAUCUCCUCCUUGUACUAA